AGAAAAACCCAUAAACGAGAGUGGUCAGAGAGAGAGAGAGAGAGAGACAAGUUACUUUACUUGGCCAUAUUAGAGCUAACACUAGUACAGUUUGGUUUUGAGAAGCCGAGAUUUUUUUUGUUAUUGUGAAUUGUGGUGUUAAAGGGAAAGCUUUUUUACAUAGAUCCGUAGUUGUUUGCAUUUGUCUUCUAAUCAGUUCUGAUUGACAAGAGCGAUGAUGAAAAUGUUGGAACUUGGUCUUCUGCUUUAGAUGGCAACACCUGUACAGGCUCCUACGGUUGAGGUAUCACCGCCUACUACACCAUUGACGUCGCCUCCACCAAUGGCGUCGUCUCCACCGCAGCCGUCGUCUCCCGGUGAUAAUGCUACUUCCCCAAGUAAAGAACCCAUUAAUGGCAAUUCACCGGAGACCCCAAUCACUCCAGCUCAGUCUCCUCCUCCUCCUCCGGUGACUCCAGUAUCAUCCCCACCGCCAGAACCUUCUCUCUCACCACCUCCACCAAUUGGAGCUCCUCCCCCUGUUCCUACUCCACCCGACCCGCCAACAAAUCCAUCACCUCCGCCUGAGAGCUCUCCCCCUCCCCCUCCACCAGCUGAUCAGCCUGUCAUUUUACCACCUCCGUCACCUGCUCCACCCUCGAGACCAUCAGUUCCGCCACCGGAAGCCACUCCACCACCACCUGCACCAGACUUACCAAUAUAUCCACCUCCGCCACCUACAUCAGACCCACCAUCACAUUCAUCUCCACCUCCUCCAAGUCAUUUGCCUUCCCCACCAGCCUCAGAACGUCCUCCGCCUCCUCCACGGGAUCCAGAACCUUCUCCUCCUCCACGGGAUCCACAACGUCCUGAAAAGUCUCCUCCACCGGAUCCUAAACCCCCUACUCCUUCAUCUCCUCCUCCACCGGAUUCUGAACGCCCUGCUCCUUCAUCUCCUCCUCCACCGGACUCAAAACGUCCUGUGCAUCCUUCACCUUCGCCACCAGAGAAAAUUACCCCACCUCCCAAGCCAAGUCCACCUAUCUCACCUUCUAAUUCUCCCCCACCACCCUCAUUUGUAUCCCCGCCUUCGCCUCCUAAAGAAUCUGUGCCAGGUUCUGAUAAUCCAUCUCCAAACAAUCCUACUCCUGUGACAUCUAAUUCCAGCGAUUCCGGUGAUAGUACAGCGGCUGUCGUGGGUGUAAGCAUUGGAGUGGCCCUGUUCCUGCUUGGUCUUAUUGGAGUUGUUGUGUGGUGUGUCAAGAGACGGAAAAAGACGCUCUCCUCCAUUGGUGGUGGCUAUGUUAUGCCAACGCCUAUGGAUUCCUCCCCAAGAUCAGAUUCAGCGCUUCUCAAGACGCAUUCAUCCGCACCUCUAGUGGGAAAUCGUUCUAGCAAUCAAACACAUUUUUCGCAGUCAGAACCUGGUGGUUUUGGUCAAUCGAGGGAACUUUUCUCAUAUGAAGAACUUGUCAUAGCAACAAAUGGAUUCUCUGAUCAAAAUCUAUUGGGUGAAGGUGGGUUUGGUCGUGUAUAUAAAGGAGUCUUACCAGAUGAAAGAGUAGUUGCUGUGAAACAAUUAAAAAUAGGUGGAGGACAAGGUGACCGAGAGUUCAAAGCCGAGGUUGACACCAUAAGCAGGGUACAUCAUCGGAAUUUACUUUCUAUGGUUGGAUACUGCAUUUCAGAGAACCAGAGAUUGCUUAUCUAUGAUUAUGUCCCUAACAACAAUCUUUACUUCCACCUUCAUGCCGCAGGAACUCCGGGUCUAGACUGGGAAACACGUAUUAAAAUUGCUGCUGGUGCGGCUCGUGGACUAGCUUAUCUUCAUGAAGAUUGUCAUCCUCGUAUCAUACACAGGGACAUCAAAUCAUCCAACAUUCUUUUAGAGGAUAACUUUCAUGCUCUGGUUUCUGACUUCGGCCUUGCAAAGCUAGCUCUCGACUGUAACACACACAUUACAACUCGGGUUAUGGGAACAUUUGGCUACCUGGCUCCUGAAUAUGCAUCAAGUGGCAAAUUAACCGAGAAAUCAGAUGUUUUCUCCUAUGGCGUUGUUUUACUGGAGCUAAUCACUGGACGUAAGCCUGUGGAUACAUCCCAACCUCUGGGAGAUGAGAGCCUUGUUGAAUGGGCUCGUCCUUUGCUUAGUCAUGCCAUUGAAACCGAAGAUUUUACAGCUUUAGCAGAUCCCAAGCUGGAUAAAAACUACGUGGGUGUUGAAAUGUUUAGAAUGAUUGAAUCAGCUGCAGCUUGUAUUCGCCAUUCAGCCACGAAGAGACCUCGAAUGAGUCAAAUUGUGAGAGCUUUUGACAGUCUAGCUGAGGAAGACCUCACCAAUGGGAUGAGACUAGGCGAAAGCGAAAUCAUCAACUCAGCUCAGCAGUCUGAGGAAAUUAGAUUGUUUAGGAGAAUGGCUUUUGGCAGCCAAAAUUACAGUACAGAUUCUUUCACUCGUAGUAGUAAUAUAAGCAGAGAUGAAAACGUGUAAAUAUCAACAACAAAACACAUUGCAUGAUGAUUUUUCCGAGAAAGAGAUCUCAAAGCAGAACCUUCAUCUCUUGAUUAACUUCAAAUUUGGAUC